GUAAAUCUGUAAACGAAAAGUAAGCACGCAUGUUGCAGCAAAGAGUGAAGAAAACAUAAAUGUGACGUUGGUCAGGUUUGCAGAUCUGAGAACACUUUGAGGAGUAAAAAAAAGAUAGGAGUGGUCCUUAAAGGCUUGAAACCAAAACCCUUAUACUCCUUUAUUAUCAUCCUGGUGACUGAGUACAUUUCAAAGUUCUCUUUCUCAGUUUUGGUGCCCCCGUGGACAAAAAUGGUACACUUUGUCUUUUUGCUGAUUUUGUCCUGAACAUGCUGUUUUACAGAAAAGUAAUGUGCAUCACACCACUCAUUGUGGACCUUUGUCUGUGAACCAAGUCUUCUGCGGUUUGCUGUUAUUCUCUAUGUCUGACACCUGCCCUGACUCCAGAGUUCAUCUUUUAGAAGAUGAUUUUUUCUGAGUUUGUCUCUUAUUUCCAACUAAAGCACAAAAGCUGCAAGUUCGCCUUAAAUACUCUGCAACAAUGCUGUAAAUCUAGAUUUCAGCUGUUUGCUUGCUUGCUUGCUUGCAGUUCUUGCAGGCAAAUCUAGGCACUGAAAGCACAGCCCAUACCAGAUCCACAGAAAAAAAACUAUUUCCCUGGAAGGAGAAGGGAUGCUCGUUUGAUAACAGCUGUGUGCACAUUUAUGACAGACAUGAGAACUAAUAGUACGAAAGUGGCUACAAGCAGUGAGUGACACUCCCUAUAUCAGCUUAUCUUGCUAUAUGUUCGGACCUCAUCUCCACGACAGUUUCACACCAAUUCACACCUUGAUUCAUGCGACUCUGAUGACUCUCACAUGACUGCCGUGUGGCCCUAAGACUCACAUGUGACCUCAGGUGACAUCAACACGUGAAGCGGUCAGAAAAGGUUAGAGCGACCCUGCAAGCUUCAGCGGUCAGCAGGAAUGAUGCAGCCCGCUGGAAAAGAGCCAGAUUAUCUUUGGGAUUGAUCAAUCCGACUCAAUUAUAAGGGAAAUCUUUAUAACAGAAACUUUAAGAGAGAAAAUUAUAAAUAAAAUAAUAAUAAAUAUAUUGUUCGUAUAUCUCUCUCUUUCCUUAAACAAUCAAAAAAACAUUAUCAUAAUACAUAUUUCGAUUUAUGGGAAUAAUGAAGAUUAUAGGGAUGAUAUAAAAGGACAAUUUGUGGAAGAAAGCGGAAAAAAAACACAACAGAGCAGGUGUGAGGAUGAGAUUGUACAAUGCUGCCACCUAGUGGCCACAGGAUGCUUGCAGACUUAUUUUCAUAACUGAUUCAAUUUGAUCCUGUUACACCAGUCUUUAAAAAUACAAGCCCAGUUUUUUUAAAGGUAAAUCUUUAAGGUUAAUGUUUAUUUCACAAACAUGGUGGGUCUCAAUAAAAAGGACUUUCUAUGUAAUCAUUUAAGCAAAAAACAUCUCCAAUUUUUAUUCAAAUAAGAAAUAUAAAGUACAAUAAGUGCAUAUGUACACUGCAUGGCAUGUCCUAUAUAAAAACACUAACAUAUUAACCAUAUUUCAUCAACAUUACAAUUACAAUAUCUAUUCUUUUGCACCUAUGCUUAAAUUCUUAGAGUCUAUAUCGGCCUGUUGUGUUUUGUAAUUUUUUAAAAUGUUUUAAUGUUUUUUAAUUUCGAUAUCUGGACUAUUUCAGGGCGGGUUUUUACUCAGUCUACGGAGGGGAGUGAGGCCUCUGUGGUUUGGAGGUUGUGCAGAGAUGAGCGCGCAUUUUUCUCACGCAUACACAAACAGACAGACACACACACACAGAGAUAGAGAUAGAGAGAGAGAGAGAGAGAGAGGUAGGUUCACACCUCCUGCCUGCUCGUCAUGAGCCGCAGUGACAGGAAGCGUCUGUCGUCGCUUUCUUCUCUCAUGUUUGGGUGUUGGAUGUUUUAUUUGAGCAGCUGCUGAUCUCUUCAACAGUAACAACGCAAACCGCUUAUUGGUCUAUUUCACUUUUUUUCACGCAGAUCAGUGAGAUUAAGAGGUUAUUGAAUAUUUUCAUCACUUUUGUUAGAAGCAGCAUUUGAGAUCUUGAAAGCUGGAGAUGGCUUCAGGAGGUUUGGGGCUGACCGGGGAUCUGAAUCAGGACAUCAGUCAGGAGGAGUUGGACUUUUCAGAACUGUUUCUGUAUAACACAGCUGGAGAGGACUUCCCUGGCUCUGAUCAAGGUGUGUAUGAGGCAGAUAUCUCAAAUCAUAUCAUUUCCAUAACGAUCAGUUCUCUUCCUCGUACAGGGGAGAGUGGGUUAAGUUGAACCAAAGGGUAAGUUGAGCCACCCCUUGUUGCUUGGGAAAGGUAAAAGAAAUUGAUCAUGUGACCAAAUAUUUAGGAGAUGGGCAUCAAUUCAUGGAGUCUGUGAAGGUUAGAAGCACAUGAGUGAAGGGGUUAGACAUUUAUUUACAAAAAAAUAACAUUUUCGACCCCUGAAAGUGAAUUUAGUCUGUCAUCAGUUUGAUUAGAAUUGUGUUCAGACCAAAAAAGAUCAUGUAAUAAAUAAAAAUACAGAUGAAUGUGAAGAAGUGACUGUUAUUUAGGGAGAGAGAAGGUGAGGGAGGGCUGGGGUGGAGAGUGGGGGGUCAGCAGGGAUACGGCUCAACUUACCCCACUCCUAUGGUCAACUUACCCCGUUCACAGGGUAAGUUGACCAGGGGAGACCACUAUUUUGGCUAUAUUAUCAAGAUUACAGUUCUGUUUACACUCAUUCUGUUGGUUUUCAGGGAUGAACAACAUCUUGAAAUAUCUGCAGAUUCACUAGUUAGAGACAAAACUAUGAUUGUCUCGAUGUAGUGAUCAGAAAUAUGAAAAAUGGCUCAUCUUACUCGCCCCUACUACCUUAUUAUUAGUGUAAAGAACGUCGGUUUAAUAACGGUUUGGUUAUAUUUAGCAGUAUUUAAGUGGCUGUGGGAUUUCCAUUAGGAAGCACUUGGCUGUCAGGUUCUUCUGUUCGACUGUAUUCCUCCUCUUUUAAGUGUCAGUAAGUCAGAGGGACAGCAACAAGAACAGAGUCCUGCUUCUCUCACGUUUGUGAAAAAGUUCUCUUUCACACGAAAACAAGUUUUUUUUUUCUUGACAUUUUAGUUGUAGUAAGAUCACAACUAUGACUAACUCCAUCACCAGGAGGCAGUUUUCAAUUUCAUCCGAUGAGGUGGGAAAGUUUUCUGAGUUCACUAACUGAUGGCAGCACAUGGACCAGCAAAGGUCAUUUAGAUCGAAAUCAGGUUUAAGUUCUUGUUGAGUUUGAGAAAGAAAAAUCUUUAAAAAUACAAUAAAAACUGAGCAUUAAGGGUAAAGAAUAGAUUCAGUGUGUUGAACACUUUGCAUAUACAAUCUAGGUUGUGUGCAGAGUGCCGCCUGAUGCAACUUUGCUGUUUUCUGUCAUGCAAAUGCAUCAAAGAGCCUCCCUCAGAGCUUCAACAGCAACGUUUUUCAGAUACAGAUGCACAGAAAGUUAAAUAUCAGGUAAAUACACAUAAUAUUUACUACUGGUGUGUAUUAUCUAUCAGGCAGGAUUGUCAAAGGGAUGUAAAGACUUUGUUGAGCUGCAACCAAGAACAAAUAAGCUCAUGUGGAAGGUAGGGAUGCACUGAUCCGAUAUUUGAAUCAGAUAUCGGCUCCGAUAUUGACAAACUAACAGGAUCAGAUAUCGGAUGAAAGAUGCCGAUCCAGUUUUCAAAUCCAGUCUUUUUUUUUUCCUGUUAACUAAUUUUUCUUUUAAUAUAUGGUAGCCUCACCUGUUUUUGCUGCAUGCUAAUGUGCAGUUUGUUAUUUGUUAAUAAGUAUUAAAUAAAUUUAUAUCUGUGAUCUUUUUUUGUUGUUAUUUUAACAAGGCUAAUAUAAAGCCUGAUGUCUACACUCACAGAGCAAGGUAUACAGUUCAUUCAUUCAGAUUGGUAUUGGAUAUCGGCCGACACGCUCAGCUCAAGUAUUGGUAUCCAAUUGGAUCGGGGAAAAAAGUGGAUCUGUGUGUCUCUAUUGGAAGGGAGAGUUGGUCUUUAUAGACCGUAACAUUUAUUGAUCCUGUAUGUUACUCCAGCACGUCUGGACUUAAAGCCUCAACUUUACAGCGAAGCAGGGGAUGUGUCCUCCAUCUAUGAAUUAAAUGUAUGAAAUGAAAAUAAUGAAUUCGGGUCUUUCACUGAAAACAGAAGCCAACAGUAAAACGUGGACGUAUCUCCUGAGAUUCACACGUCGGUUUGUGGAUUAACAUUUUGAAGUUUUGACGUUAUUUGACAAGUUUUUCCAGAAUGAUUCCUUUUUCCCUCGUCUUUUUUGUUGGAUUUCUGGUUUCGUAGAUCAAGACUUAAGUUGAUUCUUUCUUCUUGUUGAGUGUCUUUGGAUAAUGUUUCCCUUGAAUUUGCAUUUUACAAGUAAUUAUUGAUGAUUGAUUGAUCCCUGAUGAUCAUUUCUGUUGGUUUUCCACAGAUGACUCAGGUCCUCUCCUCCAGAACGAUCAGCAGCCUCCUCUGCUGGUCGUCGAUCAUCACAACUCCUAUAUCACCUCCUCAAAUCAAGCAGCUUCCUGUCAGGACCCCUCCGCUCACACCUCCACCACAGACCACCUCGCAGAAGCUGUGCUGGACUCUCUGGGGCUGACAUCGAGACCUGGGACUAUUCCUGCUCCCAGUCCCAGGAUUGAGAUCACUCCAUCAGGGGACUCUCUCAGCUCUCAGACCCUGCAGCCGAGCCCUGGCACCAAAGCUCUGGGGACCUACAGGGAGUGUGUGAGUCCUGCCAGCAGUAACUCCUCCACAGGUUGGCCCGCAGAGGUCUACUCUCCUUUGGUUUCACCCUGCGUCUCUCCGUCUAAUGGAGCCAGCUGUGGCGGCAUGACAUUGUCUGCUUUGGACCUCUGUCCAGGCCUCCAGAACAUCAACACCUCCUCUGUGCACUCCUCACCUGGAGCCUCGCCUCGAAACAGCAUCACAGAGGAUACCUAUCUUUUGCCCCAGAACCAGCGCUCUGUCUCGCCGCUCCCACACCAGCGCUCUCGCUCCGCCUCACCGCAUGGAAAACGCUCCUAUGACCCGACCAGUCCCUGUCAAGGGGGCACUCCCAUCAAGCAGCGAUCCCGAAGCCCCAGCCCCAUCCCAUCUCCCCAUGAGCAACAGGUCUCCUACUACCUCCACCAGUAUCAGGCCCAGGCUGAGUUCCAGCCUCAACCUCAGGCCUUGACUCCAGGCGUGGAGGAGAUCAUGAGUAGCCUGAACUCCAGUCUACCCAGAGCGAUGACCUCUGCAGGGGUGAGAGACGCACACGGACAGGCCCAGAGGCCGGACUGUGUUUACGGGGAGGGGCUUGACUGGGCCUUCGAGCACGAGAGAGUGGGUCGGGCGGGAGCUCCAGAGAUCAAGUCUGAACCUCUCUACGUGAUUCCUGCUGUGUGGCCCAACCCCCAUCCAGUCCACCACGGAGCGUACAGGUGUGUUAUUUCACCUUUCUUCUUAACAACAAUGAAGUAGUCAAAUCACAACCACACAGAAACUCACAGGAAGAGUAUUCAAACUGAGAGAGGAAUGGGUUUUUAUUAUUAUGCACUCAGAAAAUAAAGUUGAAAUGUUGAGAAUAAAGUCAAAUUUGAAAGAAGAAGAAAUUCACAAAACUCUGGGGUGACGCAGGCCUGGCGGUCUGAGUGCACGCCCCAUGUGUCGGGAUUGUGCCUCUUACAAAUGACCCUGGUUUGGUUGCAGUCUGUGGCUUCCUUCCUAAGUGUCACUCCUUGCUCUAUCUCCUCGUUUCCUCCUCUUUCUAGUCCCGUCCUCUCCAGUAGAGGCACAAAAAAAAUCAAAAAUGAGCAAAAAUGGAAGAAAAAUAAGUUGAAAUUCAAUGUAGGUAAAAGUCAAAAUACAAUGUUGAAGAAAAAGUUUCUUAGUGUAGGUGUCAUACUUUCUUGGAUUUGUUUCAGUGCAGUGUCAAUGUUUAUUAAAAACACCAGAGUCUAAAGAAAAUAUUGAAUCUUUUCUCAUAUUUAUAUGAUGAGGAAGAGAAGAGGAGAUGGCUGAAGGUGAUCGUUUUAGCCAAAUUCAGGAAGAGCUGAAAAAAAAAAACUUCUGUAAAGUUUGCACAAAAGUUAUCAGACUGAUGUAUCACAGAGUGAAAUGAGUAACCUCAAAAAUGUCAGAUGACGGACUGCACAGAUGAGCAGAUAACAUGUUGCAUUUCUGCGUGUUGGACACGUGUUUUGAUGCAUUCGCUUUUUUCACAAAUAAAAAAAAGAGCUGAUCAAGAGUUAACCAGUGAGAGAGGGAGCUUUUCAAUCUGGAGAGAGUUUUAAAUCAGUUAGAAAGAGACUGAAAACACAGGGAGGAGCAGCAAAAUAAUCGAACCAGCAACUGCUGCAACAAGGAUGACUGAAAGCUAACAUACACUUUGACCUCAUUUAUGAAAUUGUAUUUAGACUUUUUAUGAAAUUUCAACUUAAAACACAAAAUUAUUUUUCAACUGAAGUCUUGGCAUUUUUACUAUUUGCUUGAAAAGCAAAACAAAAAAAAUUCUCCUGUUUUUUUGUUUUAUCAUUCCUUUACUCAAAUACUCUUGCGUAGUAUGAAGUUUGACACAUUAACAAAGAUAAAGAGAAUAUAAACCACAAUACUCUUUAUGUUGUUUGACUUUUAAUUAUAAAAUAAAGCCCAGUGUAGUGGCUAUUCUGACCUAAAUUUUAGUCACUGUCUAGAUGUAGGACUGAGGUGUUUUUGACACGCUUCUGGUCCAAUCCAAGGUUAAGUUUUGGGUUAUUUUUUUGCCAUCUAUUGAUUUCAUGAAAAACAAACAAAAAAGACAGACACAUCCAACUUACUCUGACGGUGAUGUACGUGAUGAAGGUGAGGGUGGUGUCAGAGAUUAGCGGUAAAAACCACGUGCUCUUCCCAUUCCCCGGAUCACUGCUUCACCUGUGUCCCUUUGUAGCAUUUACCUGCUCAUUUACCUUGAGUGCCCCUUGUGGUGAUUGUGAGAGUAACAAAACUAAACCUUAAAAAUGAUCUAGAUAAAAUGGCUCAUACACCCAGGAAUGAAAAGUCACUUUUAAGCAGAAAAAAAGUUCAUUUUUCUGGUACAUAAAAGUUGUAACAUCAUAUAAACGCAAAGGCGUGUUCACUUGGUUUUAAGGGUAGUGGAUGCCUACAACACUGUUAUAAAAUUUGAUCCUGCCACAAAUACACCCUUCAUAUCCUAAAAUGUAAUUUUCUUUGACUCGUGUCUGUUUCUGUCUUUCUUUCCCCACAGUGGUCUCCCUGUGGCUCCACUUCCAUCUUUAGAGUGGCCAUUACCCAGUCAGAUGGCUCAGUACCAGCUCCUCAUUCAGCAACAUCCCAAAUCCUACCACAGAGCUCACUAUGAGACCGAGGGGAGCCGCGGGGCCGUCAAGACGUCGAACGGAGGACAUCCAGAAAUUCAGGUUUCUUAAUAACUCUACUCCUGUCUGUAAAAGGGUGUGGCAUCAUCAAAUGUGGGAUACAUGAUGGUUUUCCUGAAUGAUGUUGUGUUUAUGUAAAGCAGACAGUUAUGCAAAUAACGACACAGCCUCAUGUCUCAACUCCCACAACACAGAGACAUUUAUUAGACAUUUACACACUGCUCCAAAAUACACCUGUUGUUACUUAUUGAUUAUGAGUGGACUGACUUCAUCUGCUGCUCUGGUUGGAUUAUUACUCUGCCAGUGCUGCACAAACAGAGCAUGCAAAGCAGUUUUCCUGCUAUGCUGGUUCGAUAGCGACUUGUGAAAUCGCCCCCUCAGAGACGGCAGAUCUGCAGUUGUAAUUUGUUUUCCACCGCCGAGGGCACUGAUGCUAUUAUCGUCGCUUUAAUUCAGUGUGAAGCAUUCAUUUAAUCGCCUUUGUUGUCAUUACCAGCUCUGCGGAUACCAAGGCACCGCUCCUCUGGCGCUGCAGGUGUUCAUAGGGACGGCUGAUGAGCGACUCCUGAAGCCGCACGCCUUCUACCAGGUCCACCGCAUCACCGGAAAGACGGUCACCACGCCGAGCAUGGAGAGGAUGAUCAACGGGACCAAAGUGUUGGAGAUCCCCCUGGAGCCUAAGAACCACAUGAGAGUAACGUGAGUAGACAAAAAGACGCUGUAAGAACUUUGCCUCCAAAUAUCGUUAAUUUGUCAUUUUAAUCAUCUAGCUUCUCUUGUCUGCCUUGUGGUUUGUCAGCUUCCCCCUCCCCUACCUGUUGCUGCUGAUUGAAACAGAAUAAACCUCUUUCUAUGUGUCUGAGAGCUUCCAAGAAACACCCACCGGUUAUUUACAACGGCAUGUGAACUUGGCGAAUUAUGACUCAGUACAGGAUCGCGGCUAAAAAACUUUCAGUGAAACUUUAACUUCUGAAAUCAAACGAGACGGAUUUGAAAAACCCCACAGACUUUUGUAAGAAGAGAAAGCAUUUUGGCCUCGUUUCAGAACACUUUUAAUGUCAUCCGUUUCUCUACAACAGGAUAGACUGUGUGGGAAUCCUGAAGUUGAGAAACGCCGACAUCGAGUUGAGGAAUGGGGAGACGGACAUUGGGAGGAAAAACACUCGAGUGCGUUUGGUGUUUCGUGUCCACGUACCUCAACCUGGAGGCCAGCUCGUCUCUCUUCAAGUUGCAUCUGAUCCUAUUGAAUGCUGUAAGGAGGGUCACUGGAUUAUUGCAUGAAUGAAAACUUGAAUCUCUACCAAAGGGUUUUGCUUAUACUGUUUCUUACCUCAGUUUGGUCUUUUAAACGACUGUAUCUCUCUUUCUUCAGCUCAGCGCUCAGCUCAGGAGCUCCCUGCAGUCGAGAGGCAAGACCUGGACCGGUGUUCUGUGCUUGGCGGUCAACAAAUGGUCCUCACAGGGCAGAACUUUACAUCGGACUCCAAAGUGAUCUUCUCGGAGAAGACACAAAGUGAGGACGCGAAUUUUGACCAGAUUUCUAUCCCAUCAUGUGAGCAAGGAUUACGUUAACUCCCUGUAAAUCUUUGUCAGAUGAACCCCAGUUUAAUUAUGAAAUAAUUACUUUGACUUAAUCCGCUUUAUGAAGGAGUUACUGCUUGUCCAUCUCAGUAUUUUUUAACCGACGAGAACAACAAACCCUUCAUUAUUGCUGUAACUGUAACAAGGAUAUCCAAGCUGCUGCAGGAUCUGAUUCCUUUUUAACCUGUUGACUAUUUUUCUGUAUAUUUUCCAGAAAAUGCGCUUUAAUUUUAGAUGAUUAGGUGUGGAUACUUGUAGUUAAGAUUCGCAGUUACUCGAGGGUGUUUUAUUGAUGAGGAAAAUAAGGACCGUUCUCAGGGCCCAAACACGACAGGAACCAUAAAAUAUCCUUAAGGGUUUGUGUUAGUGAAGUGAUUGAGCAAUUCACCUCUGAGUCGUGGGCGGAGUCAGCGCUGCCCUGCACACUCCUCUUUAAACUAGUUUGUAGUCUAACAUUGUUGGUGUAGUAGAAGUGGCAGGUAACAUUGCAGCUAUUCAGCUCUCAGACACUAAUGUUUUUGUGGACAUGAUGAAAGUUAAUAUAGUUAGCUUUCUUACAAACAUUGCAAUCUGCUAACCCACACACUUGUUCUGUGAUUUUUCUGUCUACUUCUCUGAGUCUGGCCUGCAUAGCAGGGCUCUGGGGGCGGAGCUUGGAUUUGUGACAUAGGAAAUCUCACUGUGUCUAAACCUGCUGUUUGGGUCUGUGAGAGAUUCACAGAGAUUUGAAAGCAGAAACGCCCAGAAAUGCAAUUUGACACUUAGUUUUCUCAUGAUAUGUCCUGUAGCAUCAGUAAAAUGAACAUAUGAACAUGUAGACAACAAGAAAAAACAGGAUUUUCAUCGGAGUGAGUCUUUAAGCGCUUGUGUUAGUGAAGUGGUUGAGCCUCAUUUUCUAUCAUUUCACAGGGCCAUAAAUCUCAGGCAGCACCUCUGCAUUUACCUCUCCACAAAAUGGAUUAAAAGGGAGUAUACUGUGUGUGAAAACGGGAGACCAAGCAGCACUUAAACUUCUCUUUGGUCUUUGACAGUUCUUCAACUAACUAAAGCAACAAGAGCUUGUCUAGACUGGACUCUUAGUGUCAUUUAAAAAAACCAAACAUCAACAUAGAACAAGAUUUAAUAUUUCAUUUCCAUCUAUGUAACUUACCCAUCUUAUCAGAGUUGCUGUUAGCGAACAUUAACAGGCAGCAGCAGACACUGAAUCACCUCCACAGGCUACAUUAAAGCUAAUAAAAUCUGCUGACCGGUGUUUAAAGCUCAUAAUUUAAGUUAAAUCUUGAGAAUACCUGCAUAAAGGAGGCGCUGUGGUUAUGAGGGUGGUAUUAAAGAGUGUGGACAGAGAGAGAGAGAGAGAGAGAUGUGUGCGGUUUGUAGAGAAACUGUUGAUGCUUGUGUUUUUGUUUGUUUGCAUAUUUAGUUUCAGGGUUUAAAAUAGCCUCAUAUUUCAUAGAUCACCAAACUAUCUCAGGGGCCUACAUAUAUCCUGCUCUGGUGUAUCCACCUACUCGAAUUGUAUUUAAGAUUAUUUGCAUAUCGCCCAGGCAACUUUUAGUGACGCACAUCUUCCUGCAGCCCACGCUUUUAACUUUGAUUAAAUGACACAUUAUUGAAAAACCUAAACUGUUUAACUGGAGGUGACAACUUCUAUUUAUUUCUGCAUGGAAAUUUCUCACCUUGUUACGGCUCCCUCUGCCCACACAGAGUUGUUGGGCUGUUUGGUUUGAGAGCAGGAUGGGUACAGUCGACUGCAUGUAAAGACUCUCUGUUGCUUGGCGUGGGGUUUUAUGCAACAGGAUGUGGUUAGACAGACUGAUAAAGAUUCAGACCCAGAACACAGGCUUUGUUUUUUUUUUUUUUCUUGUUUCAAGGCGUGGGUGGAAAAUAAGCAGCAGGUAAAAAGUAAAGUAGGAGUUAUCACCCAAAGAAUAAAAAAGAACCAGUUUUCUGCUGUUUGUUAAGAGAGGAUCUUAACAAAUUCAACUCUUAAAACUGAACCCAACAUGCUUCAACCACAAACAUGUUUCACAUUUACUCUUUCACCAAAAUCUAAUAAGAUAUCAAACUCUGGUAUCUACAUGUGGUUCCUGCUAAUCUGAGAAGCUAAGUUACUUGGCGGUAUUCUUCUCAAAGAUGAGGACAGCGACAAUCUUUUCAUCUGACUCUUCCUCUAAAGGCAGCAAACUUAACCUUUCAAACUUUCAUGUUUUGGUGCCUCAACACUUUUAUUCCUCUCUUCUGACUUUUAGCUGGACAGCAAAUCUGGGAGGUGGAGGCCACAGUGGACCGAGACAAAACACAAGCUGUGAGUAAACUGGGUGGGAUUAUUCUACAUCACCACUCACACGCUUUUGAACAUUUUCUCGCGCUGUUACAAACCGACUGAGCCACAAAACUGAAAGCAAAACACAAAACCUCAUGUUUUCGCUGAAACACAUCCUUCUGUGUGUCACGUUGAGUGGCUAACCCUAGUUCUCACUGAUUUCAAUCUGCAACAAACCGAUAAGUGAUUUAAGCGACCAUGCAAAAAUGUUUCUCUGAAGUCUGAUCUCUUUCUGUUCAGAACAUGCUGUUCGUCGAGGUCCCGCCUUACAGAGAGCGGAGCAUUUCCCACCCCGCCAAAGUCAACUUCUACGUCGUCAACGGGAAGAAGAAACGCAGUCAGCCUCAGCAUUUCAUCUACACACCUUUAAUAGGUAUAAACCGAAACAAAGAUAAACAAAAUCUUCAACUCUACAUGAGUGAAAAGUGUGAAAAAUGUAUUUUAAGUCAUGCAUCUUUUUCAGAGAAAACAGGAAAUAGUAACACUUCAGUCAAACUCGCUCUAACAGCCUGAAAGCAGCUACAAGGAGUUUCUGUCUAUAAUCCCCAUUUACUGUGAAGCUUUACAAGAAAUGAGUCAUAGGAUGUAGGCAGCCAACUGAAGCCACAUUUUUUUGUAUAGGGGAACCACUUUCACUCGCUCCAAGGAAAGAGAAAUCUGUCUGUUUUCAUGUAUUAGUGAUUCAUAAUGGUUUCAAAUGGUUGAAACUUCCUUUUUUGUGACUCAGUGUCUUAAAUAUUACAACACUACGCUCUAUUGAUCAGAGGUGGGAGAUCCAGGGUAUCUUCAGUUACAAAACAAUCAGAGUUUGCAUCAGUCAGGCGGGCAGAUAUUAUCAGCCAAAGUAAAGUCAGAGUUAAAACGUAGCAGAGUUAAAUAUAAAUAGUAGAAUACAAAUAUCCUCAUUUUGAUGAAAGCUAAUAUAAGCUUGCAAAAUGGCGACUUACAAGGGUUGCUGAUAUUCCCCUCCACUCUAAGACAAACACUUUUGUUUUGGUCACAAGCAAGUUCAAAGUAAGAACAUGUCUAGACAAGUUCUGCAUUGCUGCCUGGGGGGCAGGCCCGGAUUUUAGCUUUCGUAUUGUUUUAACAAAUAGAAAGAUGCUUUUGUCUCUCAGUUGCUAUACAGCGUUUUUCAAGACUAGAAUAACUCAACAACUAUCUAGCUUUAAAAAAAAAGGUAAGCAGAGCGCUUUGUUAAGACCUGCAUGGUCACCAAUGAAUACAUUUCUCAAGUCAAGGGUAAACAAACUACAUUAAAAAGGCUUCAGAUCAUUUUCUAGACUUUUACCUGGUUGCUGCAAAAGUUGGCAGUCAAAAUCAAAGUUUGAAACAACUGGUCAACGGCAAAAGUUUGAGUUCUAACAGACUAACUUUGGAUGGUAAAACCAAUAAAUAUAUCGUUUUAAACAUCCCCACAUUAGCAUUAUUUUUGUUGGCAUGUUGUCCUAAGUUUCACUGUUUUUAAAGCAUAGCAAAGUGUUUCCUCUAAGCCUUGUCAGUUUUAAUAAUCCACCUCAUACUCCAUCUUUGAAUAAUCCUUGUUUUCUUUAUUUUAGCAAUCAAAGCAGAACCACUCGAUGACUUCCCACUGAAUUCAUACGGCUAUCCCGACAAUCAGUCCCUCCCUGGUCUGUCAAUGAAGUCCCUCUACCACCCCCUGGAGUACGAAACCAACCAGCAAGCCCUGAGUGUUUCGCCAUCUCUGUACCACCUGACCACUGUGGACCCCAGAGCCCACAUGUUAAUCCCUGACCCACUGGAUGACCAUCCAGUCUACUACCAGUCGAGAACCAGCACUCUGAUCAACAGCCCCAUGGUGUACCAAACUGCAAACCAAUGUUACAGCAACUGUGCUUCCUCCAUGGCCUCCCAUUCUGCACCCAUUCCCAGUCAGUGCGGCGGUGCCAGAGCGCCGAUGGGAAAACUGGGAGAAUAUCCUCUGGUUGGCGAUACAUACGAGGCCAGUCUGGUGUCAAGACAUCAGAGUUUGGUGCAGCCGGUGCUACCACUGGGCAAGUCACCGCCUACCAGAUACGCCCCAGGUCAGGCUCACAUGAAGGCUGUAAGCAGAGUGGAGGCAGGUGGUCUGACUUUGACCCAGAUCAGCUCCAGCAGAGUAAACCAUGAAGAACAAGCUCCAGAGAGAAUCACCAUCAAACAAGAAAUCAACCUGGAGGAUGGUGAGUAUUUCUAAAUGGUACUUAUGUGGGGGGCUGGGAUGCUUUUAUUUGGGUGCUGGUUUGACACUGACAACAUAAAAGACCACCCUCAAACCUCUGUCUCCAUGUGCAAACAAAGAAAAUCCGAUAUGCAUGCUUACUCUAAAGGUAUCCCAGUUAAAAAGUACGACUGAGACACAUGUUUGCAUCUAAAUGACAAACAUUUUCAAAAGCUGACUGCUUAAAACAGUGAAAAAAAACAAACAAACAAGCUGAACUGUUAGAUGACAUGUCAAAGCUUGGGGGAUGACUAAUUGUGGUCCAGUCUGCAAAUGCAUAGUAGCAUGCAGCAACUGUACGCUUGCAAAUCCUGCCUUGUGGUUAUGUUUUGGGCUUUUCUAUCCACCUUUAAGUCUCUCUCUCUCACACACAAACAUGCAAACAAGAAUCAAAACAAUAGAAGCUUUUUGAACAAAUCCAGUUGUUUUGAAAAGCUAUUAUAGAAAAUGCUUGAGAACUUUUAUGUAUUUAGGGAUGUGAAGUAAAGAUGCAAUGUCAACUGAAGUGAAACGGUAAGUUGUGUUUGCAUCAGGGCAAAGUUUCUGCUAACACCUCUGAGUUCAAAGACAGGAGCAGGAAAUGAUGUUUAUAUCGGUUAAUACUUUUCAACACUGAAAUGGAAAAAAAAAAGACCUUUGGCUGUGAAGCCUGGUACAAACUGGAGCACUGAUAAAAGUUUGGGUGUUUACAACAAUCUGUUUUUGCUGAGCAUCACAAGUUACAAACGUUUCUCUAUCAAAGCAAGAUCAGGUUAAAAUGUGCCUGAGCUGUCAGAAAAAAAAGCAGUAAAGAAGAAGUACGUAUUAGAAAUAAUGUUUUAACAAAGCAUAAUGAAUUUAUGUUUUAGUUAUGUUUCUUUGUGCAAAUGUUUCAUAAAGGCAAAGAUCUCAGAUCAGCCCAGAACAUACUCCACACACUGGACAUCUACGUUAAAUAAAAUAGAGACAUCUAGAGGAUGUGAAUAUAAUUGCAACAUUACACAUAAUUACUGCAGAGAUUGCAUGACAUCCUGGAUAGAUUUAUGCAUGAUAACUGAGCAGUUUGAUAAUGCCUCUUCAGCACUUUGCAGCAUGUACUAUCUCACUCCCGCCUCACUUUAGUCAGGCUUUACCAAAGUUAAAAAUGUCACAGACUACUCCUACAAGCAGAAAUAUCAUUGGUAAUACUCGCCCCUGACCCCAAACAAACAGGAAUAAAUAAGAUUAAAAGUAAAAGCGGAUUCAAAGGGGAAGCAUUUAGCAAAAUAGACGACAUAGAAACAGAUGGUAAUUUUCUCCCAGUUUAUAGAAAUUGUUUUGUUUUCUGUUAACUUACAAUGAGUCUUUGUGGGUCCUCUUCCUUGGAGGUUGUCAUCUUGCAUCACCAUGAGCCUGAGGAAGCACAAAAUAGACAAAUUAGUCAGAUAUGUUGAUUUUUUCUUUAAUGGGCCCACAAAAUGCAUCAGUUUAGCGAUUAAGAAGAAAAGGCAGCAUUUGUUGGACACAAACAUUGAUAGACGUUUGUAAUGUUAAAACUUAACAUGAGGUUUCCUGUCCUCAUAGACAACAGUCACAAUACAAAUAGAAGGUGUGAGCAGAGGGGGUGUUUCAACCAAGAAUCUGACCACAGGAUAACACUUAACAUAAUAUUUGAUAAGCAUAACCACAAAAAAUGUAAAACCUCAUUGUGGCUGUUAUAGUUAUUGUCUCUACAGUUUCUCACAAUUAUUUUGUUUUUCAGUGACCGAGAUCAUAAGAAGAGAAUUUAAAGGACAGAACGGAGACUGAUCCACAGCGGCCUGAUGUUCACGAGUCAUCAGUGGAAAAAAACAGAGACAAAUGCAAAUGUUCAAGUCAAACAUAACAAUAGGUCUGUUGAUGGUGUGUUAUGUCAACAGUUAAAAGAAUAUAAUAUAAUAAUAAAACAGAUCACUCACUGAGCAGUCUCUAUUUAACAACAACAGGAAUUUAUUAACUUAACGACUCUUUAACUCUCGAUAGAAGAUAAUGAGACAACAAUGAAUCUUUAACUCGUAUUUAGAAUGUGGAAACUGAAAAGUAGGAAAUCGAUUGAUAAAUUGUGUUCAGGUUGUUUUGUACAGCUUUGUAGUAGAGCGAUUCUUUAAGGCAAUAUUGACCUUUUAAACCCAGCUACCUUAUUUUAUAUUGAGCCUGGUCAGCACCUGAAGCCUUAUGAUAUAUAUUUACACUGUAGCCUCUGCAAAAGUAGCUGAUUUUUGUUUCACCUGGAAUCUCUUUUGCUUUUAUUUUAUGCAAUUUGACUGUUAUGUUUAUAUAUUUGUACCACUGCUAAAACGUGUAUUAUAUAUUUUAUACUUAAUAAACUGUUUUAUAUGAAUCAAUGUA